GAAUGGACGCGUCGUGCUCCGCGAGCUGGGUGAGUGGUAGAAUCCAGAGUUUCAGUCGAAUUACACCGCGAGCUUCUAGCUCGGAUCAAAAUGGGCCGCAAAGCGCGAUGGAGCGAGCCGCUGCUUAUCGAAAGAAAAUGGAGGAGAUGAAAAUCAAGAAGAGCAAAGAGGAGGAGAAGAGGUCAUUAUCGUCGAACGAGGUGGAAGUCGAGAUUAUCACGAGAGAUGGAGUGAUCAAGAGGCGAGCUCCACGGCCUCAGGACUCCCUCACGCUGGAGAUCAGGAAGAAGGGGAUGGAAUUCGUGGGGCUGGACUUCUCCGAGAAGAAGAAGCCGGGGCGGCCGGCGGGAUUGAUCGCCGAGUUUGAAGCUCCGCCUCCCGGACAGCUCCCGGAAGUGGAGAUCAUCACGAGAGACGUCGAGGAUGCAUCGAAAUCUGGAGAUGAUUUGUACAAGCCCAAGGUUUCUACGUGGGGUGUGUUCCCGCGGCCUCCAAACAUCUCCAAGACGUUUGGAGGAGGACGAACAAUAAAACCGGGAGAAGAGCUUGAAACUGAUGAGGAAAAGAAAGCUCGCGAAGCAAAGACUAAAGAGUUGCUUGCCGAGUAUCGACGAAAAAUGGGCCUGGAUAUUGAUCCGAGAGUUUCUUCCGAGUGCCAAGAGAUCAUGAGUAAAGCAGAAGGAUUGCUCAAGAGUGGCAAGUUAAGAGAUGCAGUGCAAAACUUUGAGAUUGUCAUGGAGAAGAUGGUUUUCCAGAGCGAGCUCCAUGGACAAGCAGCGCUCUCAAAGGCAUUGUGCCUCGAAUCCAUGAAUAGAUCGCGUGAAGCUCGCGUGAUCUAUGACAAGCUUGUCUCGCAUUCAAGUCAGAGCGUCAAGAAAAGAGCCAAGCAACUCAUAUUUAGUUUCGAGGCCGCGGAGAAGCUCAAAGUAAGUGAAAACUCAACAUGGGACGUGAACGCUUACCGGGACUACUUCGAGCUCAUUCCAAGGAAGUACACUCGCUACAACUCGUCCUACACAAAACCAUCAAGUGAAGAAGGAGAAGACGAUCAAAAAGCGGCAUUUAGAGAGGGAUUGUUCUACUUUGCACUAACUUUGGCUCCUGUGAUACUGGUGUUCGUGGUUGCCAUUCUCAAACGAAAUGGACACUAAUCAAAUGUAUACAAUUUUAUCUUUCUGACAAGCAAAGCCGCCCUA